AUGACGAGCACGACGCCAAACAACAACAACAACAACAACAAUAAAAACAACAUGGCUUUGCAAAUGAUGCAAGCGUUUCGAAACACGCCUUCCAUGGACUUGAACCAUCUCUCGAGAGGCGAAGCCGAGCAAUUAAACAGACGGUGUUUAGCGUUGGAGAUGGAAUGCGAGGAACUUCGUUUGGACGUGGAGGAGUUGUUGGAAGAGAAGAAAGAUUGGGAAGAAAUGGAAGAGACGCUCGAUCGAGAGUGCGCGAAAGCGGACGAGGAGUUCAAAGAGAAGAGAAAAGAGUGGCUGAAAACGAGAGAGGAACUGGAGAGAAUGAAGAAGAGUCACGAGCACGAGAGAACGCGGAGGAAAGAGCUGGAAGACGAGAUGCGUUCGUUGGAGUCAAACGACUACGAAGUCACGAAAAUGUCGCGAAGAAACGCGCAGUUGGAGAAGAAUCUCGAAGAGAUUUCGCAUCAAGUGGAAGCGUUGGAGAGCGCAAAUACCAAAGCAAAGAAAGAGAUGAAGAAGUUGGAGAACGAACUCUCGGAUUUGGAAGAAGCUUUGGAGGAGAAAACGGCGGAAGCGGAGGCGCUCGAGGCGGAGAAGAAAAAGCUGAAAAAAUUGAACGACGAGCAACGACCGGCUUUGGAAACUGCAAAACGUAAGAUGAACGACUUUGCGAAAGAACUCGGGUACAAAGAAGAACAAAUCGUGAAAUUGGAAACGCAGCUGGAAGAUAAGAGCAAAGAGUUGAAGCAAGAGGCGUUUUUGCGCAAGGAGCAAACGAACCUGUUGAACGGCGUACAAAAAGACAUCCUUGCGAAACAAGACGAAAUUCAUAAACAGGAUGUGCAAAUCCAAAAGCUCGAGGCGGAUAAACUUCACAAGUUGAAGCAAGCUGGGACAGAGUUCGAGAAAGAGUUGAAUCUUCGCGAGGCAGAGGUGGGGAAAAAAGAGAAGUUAGCGGAGAAACUCCAAGCGCGCGUGGACGAAGUGGAGGAAAAGCACAAGAAAGCACUCAGCGAUUUCGCCGCGAAAGAACGAGAUUUUAUCGCGAAAGAGAAGGCGCUGAAAGAGGAAUUCGCAAAGAAAGAAAAACAAAGCUCGCAAACCGCGAAAGAACGAGAAAAAGAUGUUGGGGAGGCGACGAAGAAGAUAUCGGCGCGAGAAAAGGAGCUCGAAGCCAAGGAAAAGACGAUGGCGAAAGAGCUCGAGAAGAAGAAAGCAGAGUUGGAGAAAUUGGUCAAGGAAGACAUUGCCAAAAAUGAGAAAGAAUACGCGCAAAAAGCAAAGACACUGGAGAGCGAGAGCGAAAAGCUCACGGCGAGAGAGAAAGAGCUCGUGACGAAGGAGAAAAACUUGGAAAAGGAGCUUUUGAAGAAGAACGCCGAGUUGGAGAAAUCGCUGCACGAGAAAAUCGGAAAGAAAGAGAAAGAGACUUCGAACACGGCGAAAACUUUAGAGAAAGAAAGAGAGGAAAUGACGAAGAGUUUAGCCGUUCGAGAAAAAGAGCUCGAGUCAAAGUAUUUAGCGAAAGAGAAAGAGCUCGAGUCAAAAUAUUUAGCGAAAGAGAAGAUCGAUGCGAAAGAGCUGGCGCGAAAAGAAAAAGAGUUUGCAAAGAAACAGGCGGAGUUAGAACAACGCUUGGAAUAUGAAGCAGAUCAACGUUUGCAGGAAGCAGCGGAGAAGGAGUCUGAGCUUAACGCGAGGGAGAAAGAGCUCUCGCGAGAGAUUGCGGCGAAAGAGAAAGAGCACAUGCGUAAGUUGGCCGCUCAAGACAAAGCGAGUUCACAAGCUGCCGCGGAGAAAGAGCGAGAAAUUGCAGAAAAAGAAAAGGAAGUCCAAAGAAAGUUGCAGGCGAGAGAGAAGGAAGCCGCUGAAAAAAUAGCUGCCAAAGAGAAAGCUGCUGAACAGAAGGAACGUAAACUUCGCGAAAAGGAGGAAGACGCGAAGAAAAAGUUGGAAGAGAAGGAGAAGAAAACGGCAGAAAAAUUAGCGGCGCAACAUAGAGAAGCGUGUGAAGCCGUCGAGCUCGAAAAGCGCGCGUUGACUGAGAAGGAGAAAGAGCUCGAAAAGGAAAAAGCAAAACUACGAAAGAGUUCCGGACCGGUUUCGCCAACAUUUUUCUCAUCGCUUUUAUCGCCUUCGAGGAAAGCAACACCGCCAACCGCCAAGAAAGAAUCAACAACGCCGGCGAUUAGUCCAACGACGUCGAUGAAGAAGACACCGAAAAAUAGGAGCCAUGUCGAUGCCGUGGACGCCAAGAAAGCCAAGGUGGAAAACAACGCCUCCGCUACCAUGGGAGCGGGCUUUUUGCAAAGCGUAAAGAAAGCCACGAGUGCUGGUGUGCUUGGUGUCGGGCAAUACGCUCACUCUUGUUUGAAACCGUUGAUUGGAGGCUCGCACGAAGAGUUUUCACCGCCGGAAGCCGCCGCUCCGAAGUCGGCUUCGAAGGAAAAAAGUGUAGUAAAAAAGUCCACCGCGGCAAAAGUGGCAAAGAAACCGUUUGAAGAGAACAAGUCGCCGCUGAGUCGAGCGAUGAAAAGAUUAGAAGAUACCAACAGUGCUCCUCUCUCCGAAGUUGAGAAAGAGAAAGAUGUUCCUUCGCUCAAGCGUCGCGCAUCCAUGGAACUUCCUAUUCCAACUUCUGCUUUAAAGAAAACGCCUCCUCCUUCUACGGCCAAGACACAAAGACGCAAAUCGCGGGUCUGGGGAAACGACGACUCGAACGUAGCGGCCGCAAAGGCAGUAGCUCUGGCGACAGCGCAACCGUCGCCAAAGAAAGUUAUCGACCCCAGAACAAAAGAAGAAGAUGCCCCAGAGCCGAAGAAGCGUGGUCGCAAACCCAAAGCGAAAGCAGUGGAGAAAACGGUCCCGGUCAAGAAAACGACGACAACGAAAAAGCCAAAAGCGGCGGUAGCGGCGAAGAAGGCGACAGCAACGAAAACAACAAAAACAGCAGUAACAACAAAAGUAGCGAAAAAGCCAAAAGCGGCCACGGCAAAGAAGAAGAGCGCGGCGACUCCCGUGAAAGCGACUAGAAAAUCUUCCCGCACGCGAAAGUAA